UUCCGCCCAGCUUGGUUUGCUCCAUAUAACAAACGCGGGGGAAAGAGAAUUAAAGUCAAGCAUGGAGCAGGACACUAGCUUCCCCCAUAAAGAUGCCAACCCAGUGGUUUUCUUCGAUGUGGCCCUAGGAGGUAAGUCGGAGAGGAGUGUUUCUAAUUUGUAUAGCCAAGUCACACCCAUGAGCUGGGGCAGGCUCACCACGGAAGUACCAUUUAUGUUUUAGGUCAAUGUCAGGUUACUAAACGAGGAAUCUAGGGGAGCCUCUAGGUCGUAUCAAGAUGGAGCUUUUUGCGAACGUCACUCCGCGCACAGCAGAAAACUUUCGUCAGUUCUGUACUGGAGAGAAUAAAAACUCCCAGGGGCGAUCCCAAGGAUUCAAGAAUUGCAAAUUUCAUCGCGUGAUCAAAGAUUUCAUGAUCCAGGGAGGUGAUUUUAUCAAUGGCGACGGGACAGGUUCCUGUACCAUAUACGGAACUCCGAGGUUUGCCGACGAGAAUUUUUCACUUAAGCAUAAACAUGCAGGCAUGCUAAGCAUGGCGAACUCCGGCCCUAACACAAACGGGUGCCAAUUCUUCAUAACCACUACUGCCACCCCGUUCCUCGAUGGUAAGCAUGUUGUUUUCGGCCAGGUGGUGGACGGGAUGGAGAUCGUGCAUAUGAUCGAAAAUACACGCACAACCAGAGACAAGCCCAACCAGGAUGUUGUCAUUAUGCAAUGCGGCGAGAUGUGAUGAAUUGUAGUUCGUGCUGGAAAGCAAUUACAAAGCUUAAGAAACAUCCGUACUGAC